AUGACACAGUCUCAGAUCGACGGCCAGGCACUUGGGCCAUACAGGGUGCUCGACCUGACUGAAGGCGGGUUCAACUGGUGCGGGAAGGUGCUUGCUGACCUUGGGGCGGACGUAGUCAAGGUGGAGCCGCCGGGAGGAAGCCCUACUCGAUCUGUCGGGCCGUUUGUGGACGGUGAGGCCGGGCCUGACAGGAGUCUGUUUUGGGCGGCGUACUGCGCGAACAAGCGUGGCGUGACAAUUGACCUUGACUCUCGUGAUGGUCGCGAUCAACUUGUACGUUUGGUCAGUGGGGCAGACAUCCUGAUCGAGUCGUUUCGUCCGGGGCUGUUAGAGGGCCUAGGCUUAGGAUACAGCGACCUCUCGGCAGUUAAUCCCGGGCUGGUCUACACUUCUAUCACACCAUAUGGCCAGACGGGGCCGUACUCUCAACACGAAGCGCCGGACCUCGUGGCGUGGUCGAUGGGCGGUAUGCAGUACAUUUGCGGGGACGCCAGACCGUCCGCCGGUCCGGGUCAGUGCCCCGCAGGCUGA